CUUUUGCCUGGGAGACACUGACUUUCUUCCUCGUACGGGCUGUUUUCAAUAAAGCCCCCUGGAAAUCCAGAAGAUGAGGAGGAGAACCUCACUGUAGGGAGAGGGAUCAGCUGCCAGGCUCUCAGGAGAGCAAGGAACUGCUGCUACCAGCUAAACCAGUUACUCCUCCUCCUACUAAAAACUAGAUACCUGAGCCCAGUGAAAAAAUGGCGUCUCCAGCAGAACCAGCCUCCCCAGUAAAAAGCACUGAGGAUGAAGGAAUGGAUUCUGUUUCUGAACUGAAUAGCUCACCCGUGAACAAUCUGGAGGCAAAGAGCCCCGAAAGUGCUCUCAAAAGAAUGUUAAGCUUCAGGAGAAGUAAACGAAGUCCAGCCAAAGACAAAGCAAGCGAAGACUCUGGCACCCUGAGACGAAACAAAGGUUUUACACUGAAAGGCUUCAAACAAAAUGAAGAGAGCAGCAGUGCUAAAAACAUGACCGACACCAGUGUGGACAAGAGUGGGGAGAAUACAGGGGCAGAGCCCAUUCUCGCAGUUACUCCUCCUCCUUCUGAAAACCAGAUACCUAAGCCCAGUGAAAAAAUGGCGUCUCCAGCAGAACCAGCCUCCCCAGUAGAAAGCACUGAGGAUGAAGGAACGGAUUCUGUUUCUGAACUGAAUAGCUCACCCGUGAACAAUCUGGAGGCAAAGAGCCCCGAAAGUGCUCUCAAAAGAAUGUUAAGCUUCAGGAGAAGUAAACGAAGUCCAGCCAAAGACAAAGCAAGCGAAGACUCUGGCACCCUGAGACGAAACAAAGGUUUUACACUGAAAGGCUUCAAACAAAAUGAAGAGAGCAGCAGUGCUAAAAACAUGACCGACACCAGUGUGGACAAGAGUGCGGAGAAUACAGGGGCAGAGCCCAUUCUCUCAGUUAUGGAAAUAAAUGAACUUAUUCAGAAAAAGCAACUUUUGGAGGCAUUUGCAAGCAUCAGGUGUUUGGAGAAAGAAGUUAUAACUGAAAAAGAGGCCAAGAAAUAUGAAGACAAUCCUACAGAAUAUGCCCGGAAAGCCAAGGAUGUGGAUUUGCUUUGUAACUCUGUUGCUAACGCAAUCAGAUCCAUUGUGGAGGAAACACUUGAUCAGUGCGAUACAGAUGAAAGUUUGUUGACUUCUAUGGUGACCGUAAUCUCCAAGGAAGAAAAAGCUCACGCUGAUGUACAGAGCCCCAGCUCUUCAGAAUCGGACGAGGUUGGCAGACCCAGAAAAUGGCGAGACGUGUGGAAGGAAGCUGUCAGAGGGAGUGCUGAAAAGAGAGUCCGUAACGUGCCUAUUUCAUUGAAGGAGGACAAUGAUUCUUGGCUCGCUAUCCAUUUAGGGUUCCUCAGAAAAUGUGUUAUUGAAGAUUUAUUGAAAAUCAAGCAGUCGGUACAAAAGUGUUACCCAGAUGACUAUAAAGUUUGUGGAAGAUACGUGGAGUCCUUUCACGGUGCCAUUUCUUCACACCUGCAAAAUCUCUUGCAGAGACCCUUGGAAUUCAAUGAACUUUACGCAUUACUUGAUUGGGUUGUUAACACGUACUAUAGCAAAACUCUCCUGGGACACCCUGAUCUCCAAGCGGAGGUAAAGACUGAGAAUCUCCCUCAGUUGUUACCAUCAGAAACUUGGGAUAAACUGAAAAAGGACUACAAGGAUUCUCUAGCGGAGAAAAUAAAGCACUAUUUGGAUAACAUUCUGAAGCUGGAGACCAGAAAAAAGUGGAAGGAGGAAAAGCAGCCAGAAACCUCACAAACCGAGUACGACUCAUCGCUGUCCUUGGAUAUUCAAACGUUCAUUGGACAGCAUAAGAACGAAUCUGGCAAAAUCUUGGGAAGUCUGGAAACUGCAACUCUUGAGAUCAGCAUAAGAGAACUGAGAGAAUUCAUACCAAGAUUCAGGGAGGCAUUUGUGGAGUGGUACAAAGAGAGAGAGGAUUUGUUGUUUGUGCCGUAUUUAGUAGCCUACGUUAACAGCUUCCGUGAUCUGAUGAGAGGCUUACAAACAACAUUUAACGCUGACACGACAGAACUGGAAAAUGUCCUGACUGAUGUGACAAUGAGCUUCAGAAAGGAUGUUCUGGAUAAAUUUAAACAAAAAACGCAGCCACUCUUUAAGAAAAUUCUGACCAACGCAUGGAGGUUAAAUAGUGAAAUAUUGGACUCAAUAAUGUCAGCAACUGUACAAUUUUGCCAACACCUAAAACAUUUAGAGCAACCUGUUAACAAGGAUUUUCUAGGGGAUGCUCACAAGUACGUGGUGAGAGAGUACAUCACACAGGCUAUCAAACCGAGAAAGAGAAUGAAGAGAGCCAAGCGGGAAAAGGUUGGCAAAAAGAUGAAGGAAGAAGCUACUGUCAUACAUAAGCACUUCAAAGAGCUGGGCUCUGAUGUGGAUUGGCUUAAUUCUGCCAUUCAUUACAUUGCAAACAUAAUUUCCGAGAAGAACAGAUGCAAAAUCAAGGAAUAUAUUGAGGAAAUAUGUCAGGCUUAUCCAGAUGUCAGAAAGGAACAUAUUGAAGCUGUUCUCACCUGUCGAGGAUUGGACCGGAACAAGAAAAAGUCCAUUAUUCAGAAAAUAGACAAACUCCAACAAAAUGCAGAAAGCGCGGCUGAUAGAACACUCUUUGCCGAGAUUGACACUCCAACUCUUGUCACAUGCUUUUAAAGACCAGCUAGACAACAGAAAUAAGAGCAUCCAAAAUUUUUACAGUUCUUCUAAGUCAUGCUCCUAAACAUGACUUCUGCUCCUCCCUGCCCAUAACUCAAAGCAUUGUAACAGAUGUACAGAAAUUGACUCUCAUUUCUAGAAGACAAGGACAAUGGAGGAGUCAAUAUAUUGCACAAAGAGGUCCCUAAGCAAGCCCUGAUAAAUACCUAGAGAAUAGUUAUCAAUGAUUCACAGUUGAGCUGGAAGGGCAUAUCAAGCAGGGUCCUGCAGGGAUCUGUCCUGGGUCAGGUUCUAUUCAAUAUUUUCAUAAAUUAUUUGGAGCAUGGCAUAGAGAAUACACUUACAAAAUUUGCAGAUUAUACCAUGCUGGGGUUGCAAGCACUUUGGAGGACAAGAUUAGAAUUCAAAAUGAUCUUGACAAACUGGAGAAAUGGUCUGAAAUAAACAAGAUGAAAUUCAGUAAGGACAAAGGAAAAAAGUGUUCCAAUUAAGAAGGAAGAAACAAUUGCACAAAAUGAGAAGGGACUGCCUAGGAAGGAGUACCGCAGAGAGGAUCUGGAGUUUGUAGUGUAUCAACAAACUAAAUAUGAGUCAACAGUGUAAUACUGCUGCAAAAAGGCAAACAUCAUUCUGGGAUUUAUUAGCAGAAAUGUUGCAAGGAAGACACAAGAAGCAAUUCCCACGUUCUACUCAGCACUGAUAAGGCCUCAGCUGCAGUAUUGUGUCCAGUUUAGUGCCCUCCACAUUGGGAAAGAUGUGGACAAAUUAGAGGAAGUCCAGAGGAGAGCAACAAAAAUGAUUAAAGGUCUAGAAAACAUGA